UCCUUCCCCGAGUUCUGUUCGCUUUAAAAAAAAAAAACAGGGUUUUGUGUGUGUGUGUGUGUGUUUGAAAAGGGAUUCCCUCCUCUCUUAUAUUGCACGAGGUUCAGCGUACACGGGCAGCUCAGUGUUGCAGAUCAGAGCCGACGGUGCGGUUCGUCCGUCUCUUCGGUCCUCUGCCUGUCCACAAAUUUGUUGUUCACGUGCGUGAACUGUCACGAGAUACUCCUCGUGUUUGAAUAGCGAUUGUGAGUUGUGCGAGCUUCCUGAUCUCUUGUCAAAACUUGAAUUUUCAAAACACCUGUCGCUGCUAUACUAUACAGGAAAGAACAACCACUACCGCAUUGAAGUAUAGCCAGACAACUAGUCAAUUUGAUAGAUCAAGUGGGCACAUUUCUGAGACGAAAUGAAUCCCGGUGUUUUCUUCACCUUGCUGUUUGUGCUGAGUGCAUCGUUGCUGAUUGACUGCAGGCACGUCACGUUGGCAAAGCCUUCCACUAAUCUCGUGAACGAUAACAAGCAGCAAACUGGCCGGCAGACGGCCGAGGAUCGUUAUGAUCACGAGGCAACACAAGAAGGUCUCGACAGCUCGGAGCUCUUCGACGGCCUGACAUUGGCUUCUUACGGGGAUCGAAGUUACGCACCUGCGCCGAAAUUGGAAAAUCGCCAACGCCAACGGGUUUUCAAUGAUUUUGGACCGUACAUGGGAAAGUUUAUCUACAGAUUGAUCGUUCGGCGUGCAUUAAUUAAGCCGAUGGUGACAGGAAUGAAAAAACUCAUUCCCGGCAGCAUGUACCAGUACUACAAUAACAUAAUGCUGAGCAAUCGAGUUUUCCAGAUGAUGGAGCCACUUUCACCUGCCAUCUCUUCCUACACGUACGGCAAAUUUGAGCAAGGCGUCUUCUGGAGCCUCAAACGGGCUGGAACGUUUGUCAUGGACAAUUUUAUCGAAUUCGAAAGAUAAUCAAAACAAUGGCAAUUAAACAACAACAAAGAGGGGAGGAUAUAUUUUUUGUUUUGUUUUUUCUUGUUGUUAAAAAAAUUUGGAAUUCCCGUCUAUGGUUUGCGUGUGCGUUUUCAUUGUUCAAACACUUGUCAUUUUAUAACUUUGUUUGCCUAAAUGAUAGAGCCGUUUCCGUCACGGAACACGACCGUAUAGGCUCAAAAUCGACCAGAGAUUUGACCAAUAUUUUUCUUUAAAGAAAAUCUACUGAAAAGCCAUAUGUAGUCCUCAAGAUUUGUUGUUAGUCGAAGUCAGUUGUCCUUUUUCUUUUGUAACGGGUCUGUGUAAUCGGCGACAUGUUUCUAUGACUACGUGCUCAAUCCUGGUGCCCCCCAGCUUCAAUUUGAAUUGUGCGCGCAAAGUGUCAACAGUGAUGGCUAAACUAUAUUUUUAGAAAUUGUGUUAGUUUAGUACGAGAUAAUUUCAAGUGACUUUUCCUAGAAAUUGCGAUGAUGACGAGCUUUUUGUCGGAUUUUUUGUUAAAUUAUUUGUAAUGCGGAUGACGGAAUCUGGAUGGUUCAAUUCCUAUUAGUUUUUUUUCUUACAGAGAUUGCAUUUCAAAAUGGCGCCCGAUUUUAGAUUGUCUGUGUUUUGUUUUUGUUUUUUUUUGUUCGUCAAUACACGAAUCCGUAAAAGAG